CGCCUUCAUUCUGUUGAUAAGACAUCCUCUCGUAGUCUUGUGUUUGUUCCUUUCUCUCUCUUGAUCUUCCUUCCCAUCGUCUCUCCAGUUCGUGAUACCUAGUCACAUACAAACCGCCAUCAUGUCUCUCUCCAACAAGCUCUCCAUCGAGGACGUCGACCUCAAGGGCAAGCGCGUCCUCAUCCGUGUUGACUUCAACGUCCCCCUUGACGCCGAGAAGAAGGUCACCAACCCCCAGCGCAUCGCCGGUGCCAUCCCCACCAUCAAGUAUGCGCUCGACCAUGGCGCCAAGGCCGUUGUCCUCAUGUCUCACCUUGGCCGUCCCGACGGCAAGCCCAACCCCAAGUACUCCCUGAAGCCCGUUGUUCCUGAGCUCGAGAAGCUCCUCGGCAAGAAGGUCACCUUCGCCCCCGACUGCGUUGGUCCCGAGGUUGAGGAGAUUGUCAACAAGGCCGACAACGGCGAAGUCAUUCUCCUUGAGAACCUCCGCUUCCACAUUGAGGAGGAGGGCAAGGGCACCGAUGCCGAGGGCAACAAGGUCAAGGCCGACAAGGCCAAGGUUGAGGAGUUCCGCAAGAACCUCACCAAGCUCGGUGAUGUUUACAUCAACGAUGCUUUCGGCACUGCCCACCGCGCCCACUCCUCCAUGGUCGGCAUUGACCUCCCCGUGAAGGCCGCCGGUUUCCUCAUGAAGAAGGAGCUCCAGUACUUUGCCAAGGUUCUCGAGUCGCCCCAGCGCCCCUUCCUCUCCAUCCUCGGCGGUGCCAAGGUUUCCGACAAGAUCCAGCUGAUCGACAACCUGCUUGACAAGGUCAACACCCUCAUCGUCUGCGGUGGCAUGGCCUUCACCUUCAAGAAGACCCUCCAGAACAUGCCCAUCGGCAACUCGCUCUUCGAUGAGGCCGGCGCCAAGAUUGUCCCGGACCUUGUCAAGAAGGCCGAGAAGAACAACGUCAAGCUCGUCCUCCCCGUCGACUUCACCAUUGCCGACAAGUUUGACAAGGACGCCAACACUGGCUACGCCACGGACAAGGACGGCAUUCCCGACGGCUGGAUGGGUCUCGACUGCGGCGAGGAGUCGGUCAAGCUCUUCACCCAGGCCAUCAACGAGUCCCAGACCAUCCUCUGGAACGGCCCCGCUGGUGUCUUCGAGUUCGACAAGUUCGCCAAGGGCACCAAGGCCACCCUCGACGCUUGCGUCAAGGCUGCCGAGGAAGGCCGCACCGUCAUCAUUGGCGGUGGUGACACCGCUACCGUCGCUGCCAAGUACGGCGUUGAGGACAAGCUCAGCCACGUCUCCACUGGCGGUGGUGCUUCCCUUGAGCUCCUUGAGGGCAAGGCUCUCCCUGGUGUUGUUGCUCUUAGCGAGCGUCAGUAAGUUGGUCCUUGGCUUUCAAAGGAGUUGGGAGGAGAUAUAAUGAUGUUAUGAAACCUCUCGGAUAUUGAAUGAGAGAUCAUGACUGAUGGAUCAAAAACAUAUGAUGAUAAAGGGUCCUUGGAAGGAUUAGCAGGGCCAGUCUAUGAUAGGCACUUUAGUCCAAUUCGAUAAAUAGAACAAAACAGUUAAAAGUCCAGUU